AUGUCCAUCAUGGAUGAUAGCACCCGUUCUGCGAGGUCCAUGGUGACACCAAUGCUUCUAUUCUCUUGUUUCUGCCUUCUUGUCGGAGAUGUUCUUUUUGGUUAUGACACAAGCAGCUUUGGUGGAAUACUCGCAAAUCCUGUCCUCAUCUCGCUUCAGGGAUUUGUCAAUCAAUUUGGCACUUAUAGUCACAAAACUGGAAGAUACGCCAUCGACUCCCUCCAUACAUCCCUUCUCUCAUCGUUAGCAUUUAUUGGCAAGUUUGCUGGAUGUUUCUUUGCUGGCCCAGCAAUUGAGAAGUAUGGCCACCGUACAGUAUUCUUCGGCCUAUCGACAAUUUCUGUGAUUGGCAUAAUUAUCGAGAUAACCUCCGCUGGGACUGGGGUGGGAACAGGACGUCUUGCGCAGUUUGUUGUUGGCCGGAUAGUCGUCUAUAUCUCGGUUGGUUUAGUAGAAGUCAAUGUGACUACUUACCAGUCUGAGAUUGUCCCAGCAUCUUUUAGAGGGCUUGUCGUCGUCUCUUUGCAAUUAUUUCUCGCGGCAGGUUCAAUUAUUGCCUCGGUCGUCAACAAGGCCUUUUCUACAACAACGGCCUCUCUUGGUUGGAAGACUAUUACGGGUAUCCAAUUUGUAUUCCCAGUUUUGAUUAUCAUCGUCACAUUCUUCAUUCCCACAUCUCCUCGGUGGCAUCUGUCCAAAGACCGUCACGAGGAAGCCCUGGCCUCUUUACGUCAGCUGAGACCCAAAUCGGAUGCUACAAAUGGAAACUGUGAACUGGAGAUUCAAUCAAUCCGCGAGGCUCUGCAGGAGAACGUACACAAGGCUCCGUGGUCCGAUCUCUUCAGUGGCGGCAAUCUUCGCAGGACCGUGCUUGUCACCGUGUACUACUUCUUUCAACAGACGACUGGUCAAGCUUUUGUCUCCACAUACUCCGUGGUAUUUUAUCAAACAAACGGAUAUGCGGAGCAAGCCUUCACCUAUCCCAUCAUUGCCGCUUGCCUCGGCUUCCUUGCUGUUUUGCCAUGCAUGUACAUGGUUGACAAACUCGGUCGUCGUUUCAGUCUCAUGGUCUCGUUCUUCUUUCAGACUUUCUGGAUGUACAUGCUGGCCGGGCUAGGCGAGAAAUCCCACAAUUAUCCAACGGAGAAGAACACCGUCGUCGCAGCCUUCAUGCUUUUUGGUGUCUUCUACAACAUGGGUGGUGGCCCUGUUCCCUACCUCCUCGGGGCGGAGAUUCCAAACGCUGCUGUUCGUGAGAAAACACAAGCCAUUGGCACUUCUUGGAAUGUUAUUUGGGCCUUUGUGACAAACUUUGCUAUUCCAUAUAUGAUAAACGGCAUCCAUUUUAAGGUUGGCUGGGUGUUCGGUAGCCUUUCAUUGUUGGCUCUAAUCUUUACAUUUUUCUUUCUUCCAGAGACCAAGGGCCGAGGGCUCGAAGAAAUUGAUGCUGUCUUUGCAGCGCCAUUUAAUCCAUUCCGGCAAACUUACAAUCAUGUCUCGGAGGCGGCAUGGCGAUCUCAAUUCAUUGAGGGCAAUCCUUCUGAUGUUCCGGAAUUGAUUGGGAAGGAACCGCGGAAGAGCUUCGCUUAA